AUGGAUCAACCUGAUCUUAACAAGCCCAUCCAAGAAGACGACGAAGUCAGUGAUGACGGGAGCAGCACCGGAGAACAAGCAGGACUGGAAUUAUUUGAAGGAAGUGAUGACGAAACCCCAGCUAACGUACCUGAGAAACGCCAGAAACACUCUGCUAGGCCCAUCAAAGACAAAGAGUGGUUUCUCCCCGACAUCCAAGGAGAUCACCAAACAUUUAUCGAUCAUGGAUGUUCUCUUGACAAGCAGGGAUAUCCUUUAUAUCCCAACGGCAAAACAAUUUUUGUAUCAAAGCCUGAGGAUAAAAUCACGAACUUUGGUCAAGUCGGCUUUGUCAAAACUAGUUCCGUCAAUCGCCCCCGACCCAACCGACCGUGGAAAGUUACAAGAUACUUUUGCCUUGGAGUUCUUGUGUGUGACAACCCGUCUUGUGAAUGGGCUGGUCCUCCACCAACUGCAAAAGGCCGAGUCGAAGAAUACAUCAACUCGAAUCCCACAUGUCCUGGCCUUGCUGGGAAUUGUAAUGGUGUUGUUGAACACCAGAAGUGCACCGGCACGGCCGUUCAAUUCGAUCUCCACAGUAGCGGUUGGGGUCUUCUCAGACACAAAGGUGUCCAUCCACAUCCUUGGCCCGCACCCAAAAAGCCCGACCCCCUUUCCCAGGACGAAUUCAAAGCUCAAGUUGCGAAAAACCCCAAGGCUGGGGCUUUCAAGUUAAAGUUAGGCAAAACAACCCACACCAAUACAGCCCUGGAGAGUGUCACCACGAUCCAUCCAGCUUAUCAAAACAAAGAUCGAACUGCUUAUUAUCGCCGGAAAUACCUCGUUGAAAUGGACUUGACUCCUGACAAACUCGGUGGGGGGAUAGGUGAUAAAUUCAUCUUGCAUAUGUUUCACUGGAGCGCUCAGGGCCUUUUGAUUAUUUUGUCCUCUUUCCUUCCCAAAGCCGAGCACUUCACCUUCCAGACUAAGUGGAUGGCCGACCGACUUGUUGCCCAAGAUAAAAAUGGCCAGCUAUACAAUGGUGGACUACUCUCAGAUGUCACUUAUUGGUUUUUCGAAAAUGGCUAUCUCUUGACAACAUCGAUGUUUUGUGACGACCUACAACGGUGGAUCCCAGUUCAACUCACUUGGAUCCGAGGCCUUAGUGACAAGUACUACAAGAUACACUUCACCGUUCUCUUCCAACAGCUCUUCAAGCAUACCAUGACCAUGAUCGAACGAGAAGGACUAGCCUCACAGGUCGUUGACUUCUCCGCAGCCCAAGCAAACGGAUUCAUUCAAGCUUACUGUGAAGUGUUCCGUGAGCCAGAUGCAUCUGUGGCCAGGAACCUAUUGAAAGGCUGCCGGGAGCACUAUCGGCAGUCAAUUACAAGGGUCAAGCGGAAUUGGGCUGUGAUCACGGCAGAUGAGGAGGAGCCUUUUCGAAAGGCUUGCAUGGACCUACUCACUCCUCCGGCUGCAAAUGAGCCUACCCAUGAGGAGAAAGUCGAUUCGAUUCAUCGGCGCUACCCAAAGGUGAAGAAAUGGCUCGACUGGUGGACCACUGCCGAUGUGGAGGCCAUGUUAUUUCGGACACGCAAACCCCUCCUUGAGGACACUCCCGAUGCCCGACCAGAAACAACCAAUGGCCAGGAGAGCAUGCACAGGCUCUAUUACAUGAUUAGGUGA